AUUACCGACUUCAAAAAAAGGAGCUGUAAUAAGAUCGGCAGAUUGUUUUUUUUUUUUUUGUUUGCAGUUGGGGUAUGCCACUGUCAGGAAGGCAGCCAUUACUUCUUGGGUAGAUGCUGGAAAUCAAUGGGUAUGGGUGAACAAUGUACGCGAAAUGAAGAAUGUAUGGGAAAAUUAAGAGAUCCCUAUAAUUUGGCUUGUAUUGACGGUGUUUGUACAUGCGCUAGCGGCUUCUAUGAAAGGCAAAGAGGAGAGUGCAGGGCGGGUAGCUUCAAUAUUGGUGACGACUGUAUUUUACAUGAAGACUGUAGAUUUGAAAAUGGUUAUUGCGAUGCUGCAUUGAAGUGUGCGGACUCGACUGCUUCAACUCCAGCACUUAACAACGAUGAUGGACUUCUGAUGAAGGGAGCGGCAUCUAAACCAGAAAUAACUGAAGGCAACAACUUCACCAGUUUAAGUAUGACCUCAGUAUCAAGGAACCAUGGUAGAGCCUGUAGCACAUCGCAAGAUUGUCCUAAUGUGUUUGAGUGUACCGCUUAUGGGUACUGUGCCUGUCCAAGAGGGUACUAUGCUAAUGCCGCCGGCACAUCGUGUUUAGCUGAACUUGGAUCUCCAUCAACAAAUAACCAAUGUUCAGGGUUUAUAGCUGCAGUUCAAGACGGGAUUUGUCGGUGUCCUAAGAACUUCUAUUAUAAUGAAAAUAUGAGGGAUUGUGUCAAAGCAACACGUCGUUUCACCGACGCUUGUGUUAAUGACGAAAUGUGUCAUACAUUCGGUGCUUCAGCGCGCUGCGGGGAACCUGGACAGUUUGAGCUGAGGUCUUGCGAAUGCAUCCCUGAAGAGGCUGUCUGGGAUGCUAACAGACAAAUCUGUAGAUUGUUUGCUGGUAUUGGUGAAUAUUGCGAGGAAAACAGUGAUUGCUUAGCUGGUAACAUGGAGAUCCUCUGUGUACGGGAAAAUGGUGAUGAAAGCGGAGAGAGUGCAGAGGGCGGUGAUGUCGCUGUUGGUGGUGUAUGUUCCUGUCCUGACGGAUUCUCUAACAUUGGUGGACUGUGCCUUACUACUGGAUUGUCUCUUGGCGAUGCAUGUCAAGCGUCUAUCGAGUGUAUAGAUACUGUACAUGCGGAUUGUAUAGAAGGUUUCUGCUCAUGUCGUGAAGGGUACCAGGCUGUAGAUGGAACUUGUGCCCCACUUAUUGGCAGCAUCUGUAAUGGUGACGACUGUGUCACAGGACACUCAUUUUGCAAUUUGGACAGCCACACAUGUCAAUGCGCUGAAGGGUUCGUGGGAUAUGAUUACGUAUGCUGGCCACAUCUGAUUCAUCCCAGCGCACCAUGCACAGUUACUGCCCAAUGUACCGUUACCACAGGACCCGCUAGUUCUUGCGAAGAAGGUCGAUGUGUUUGCUUUGAAGGGUACCAUCUACGGGACGGCUACUGUUGGCCAAAGACUGGUUUAUUCGAGCCGUGUUCGCGAAGCAGCGAGUGUUUCUUAGAAAAUAUUACAGACAGAGUACAAUGCAGAAAUAGUCUGUGCCAGUGUUCAUUUGAAUAUCCUUAUUCUGAAGCAUUAGGGACAUGCACAUCAUCAGCUACGACUUCAGUUGGAAGCCUCUUCAUGACCGUAUUAGCUUUAAUCUACAUUAAAUUAAAUUAUUAAAUGACAUGGCGUCAUCAAUAGCAAGUCAGUGAUAGUCGACUGUUGGAUUAGAAGCCAUUACAGGGUUUAUUAUUAUCAUCUAUACUAGCUAUACUCAACAGUAUCGUCUUUUCCAUAGGGCACUCGGGGCUCGUGCCCAAGGCCCCAUUCUCAGGGGGCCCUGAAGGACCGCCAAUUGAGUGCUUGCCUUAAUCAAAAAUAAAGGAUUUCGACUGUUCAAUACAAUAAAAUAUUUAAAAAUUCACACUUUUAUUAAUUGAUUUUAUGACCAACUUAAUAUUAGUAUUUCUCCAGCAUUUUUUAAAGAAAUAAGUAUGCUGUUCGACGCUAAAAAAACGUGACUUCACAAUACACAAUCUCGUACCAAAUUCAUAGAAAACUGUCGUUCGUGACAGUUCCGAAAAACUAUUGAACUAUAAAUCAAAAUGAAAGUGUGAUUAUUGUUUAAUAUUAUUUUAUUGAUAUUGAUGAUAUUGACCAGUAGAUAUAAUUAAUUUUUGAUUAAGAAAAGUACCCAAUUGUAUGAAAAUAAAUACUUUUUAUAUCAUAAUCGUCGUCCUAGUGAGAAUUUUACCCAAAUAUAUUAUAUUGUUUAAGUUAUUGUUUUAAGUUUAAUAUUUGUAAAUAUACUCAUAUGUUUUA